AGGGACCGAAGACAGGCGAGCCGGACGCAAGUGGGUGGGAAUCUACGCGAAGCGUUUGGCAGCCGCUCGAAGGUCGGCCCGGAAAACUUAGGUGUUGUUUGUUGUUGUUGUUUUGUUUAGUUUCAAAUUGCCAGUCAACACUACUUUACUUGAGCCAACUUCUGUUUUCUAGCCACGUAAACAAAAGUGUAAGUUUACUUUUAAUUGCUUCGUAUUAAAUAUAGGCAAUGCCCGCACUAUGUAUUGGGAAAAAAAUCAGAGCUGAAAGGUUAAGUACUGUCUCCCAGUUUCCCAAUUUCCCUUUCCCGGGUAAACCAUUGGUACCAGCUGUGUACUUGUGAAUCCUUCCAGAGACAGUCCUUACGCACACACAUAAUGCAACAUAUAAACAUUAACAAAAGAAACAUUAAUAAUUCUCCGUGUCGAAAGGAUUAUUAUUAUGUCAGAGAGAAAGGAACCGAAGCACAGAGAAAGGUUGAGAACACGAGGUACCUGAAAAAUCUAGAUUUGGGACGCCAUUCUUUCCUCUAGGGGUUCUCAAACUUUUCAGUCUCAAAGUUUACAUUCCUAAGAAUUAUUGAGGAUCCUGAAGAGCUUUUGUGCGUGUGGAUUAUAUUUGUUUAUAAUUGCUAUAUUAGAAAUUAAAACUGAGAAUUUUUUAAAUGUUCAUUAGUUUAUAAAAUAAUGUCAUUACAUGUUAACAUGACAUGUUUAUUUAAAAAAUUCUAUUUUCCAAAACAAAAAGAAAUCACUGAGAAGCAUGGCAUUGUUUUACUUUUUGGCAAACAUUUGAAUGUGUGUUCCGUAGAAGUCAGCUGGAGCCUCACAUCUGUUUCUGUACUCAAACUGUUGUGAUGUAUUAUUUUGAUUCAAGUCUGUGAAGGAAACCCAGACUCCUACAAGGAUGUCCUUAAAAAGAGGAAACUUCACAGAACCUUGGAAGGGGUCUCAGGGACCCCCAAAAUUCCAGACCACUCUUUGAGGACUGUUGCUCUAGGCAGCAUUGUCUCUACCCACAACAUAUCCAAGAUGGAAUUGAAAAGAGAAUCAUGACUACCACCAGGUAUCUACCAUCAUUCCCAUUUUGCGAAUAAGGAAAUUGAAGCUACAAGAUAUUAAGUGUUUAGCCAGAGUAAAACGGCUACUACCUCACUACUGAGAGAGCCAAACAGUUGCUUAGUAAAGAUGGAAACAAACAAACUUACAUAGUGGAGCAAAUACUGUGAUUGGUGGUCAGGUUGGGCCAGAGCAUGACAUGGAACCAAUUUUGUGGUGAGUGUCCAAGAAUUCAGGAAGAAGAACCUUUGACGGUCCCCAGGGUUGGAGGGGACUGAGCUCAACCUUGGAAGUUCUAUGGCUUUGCAUAUGUCAAGAAAGGAGGCACUUUCCAGGGGAAAGAAAAGGCACAGGCCCCCUUGUGAGCAGCAGACCGGCCUGGUGGCCGGCAGCAGGACCCCCUCGCCUGCAUGCUGAAGAAGAUGGGUGAGGCCGUGGCCAGAGUUGCAAGGAAGGUCAACGAGACCGUGGAGAGCGGCUCUGAUACCCUGGAUCUGGCCGAGUGCAAGCUGGUUGCUUUCCCCAUUGGCCUCUACAAGGUCCUGCGGAAUGUCACCGACCAGAUCCAGCUCAUCACGCUGGCCAACAACGAGCUCAAGUCCCUCACCAGCAAGUUUAUGACCACGUUCUGUCAGCUCCGAGACGUACCCGUGGAGAAGCUGGCCGCCAUGUCCGCCUUGCGCCGCGUCAAUCUCCGCUUCAACCCGCUGAACGCUGAGGUGCGCGCCAUCGCUCCGCCACUCAUCAAGUUUGACAUGCUCGUGUCUCCUGAGGGCGCACGGCCCCCUCCACCUUAGGCCUCCCUCCUCGUGCCCACCCAGCAAGGGACAGAGGCCACCUGGCCUGGCACCCUGAGGGGAGGGAGUCCCACAGACCCAUGGGAGGCCGAGCCUGGGGGGCUGGGGGCGGGUGGGCCAAAGAGCACGUGGUGGGAGGGGGUGCAGUCGGCCCCGGAUAGAUAGCUUAGAGCAGUAGCGGGCCCUGGAAUGCCCAGACGGAGGAGGUGAGGUGGGGCUGGAGGCUGGCCGCUCACAGCUUCUGUGCACACUUGGGCAGGACCCCCACCCUCUCUGAGCCUUGUUACUUGGGGAAACGGGCAGUGGCGGAGAGGGCCUUUGCCUCCUCUGAGCUCCUUGGAGGCUUUUCGGGCAACAGAUGCCUUCAAGUCACCUUCAAAUCAUCGGGCACCUUCUGAGCCCACAGAUGGCCGUCGCCGAGCGCUUUCUGGGUCCCUGUGGGUUUGAGACUUUGUUUCUGGUGUUGAGAACCGGCCUCUGCCCUGUGAGGACUAGAAGACAACCUCCAUCCGUUUAUCGUUUCCCGAGGACUGACCCACAGGAGGCCCCUUCUGGGGCCCGAUCCUCAGCCCUGCGGGUCUCUGGAUUGGCGGGAGCCUGAACCGGGAGACACGGGAAGGCCGUGGCCAAAAUGUGGUCGUGUGCUCUGGCCAGAGCUGAGAACGUGUAUAUAGGAGCCCAGUGGCCCAUCGGGCCAGGAACCCGGAGGAGCAAAUCAGGUCUGCCCUGUCCUUCCUCAUGAUUAAGCAAUCAGUGGCGUAGGAAGUUCUGAGGACAGACCAGGUGAGCCUGGCAUCACCCCUCGAGCCCCAGGAGAGGUGACUUGAGAGAAACAAAGCCAAUGGUGCCUGUGGCUCUGGUACGAGGUAGUUGGCUCUGGCGUCUCCCUCUGGCAGCAGCCCCACUGCCUCACCAUUGGUCCACCGGGGGGCAGAAGGCUCUGUGGACCAUUGGAUUUGUGGCUGGCCAGCUCCCAAGCUCCCGCCCAAAGCCCGAUGACCUAGUCAUUCCUGGACCCUCCACCUAGGAGUCUAGGAGUCUAGGGGCUAUCUACCACCCCUGUCUGCCCAGGACUGAGGGGUUUCCUGGGACACGGGAUGUCAGUGCUACCACGGGGACAGUCCCUGGCAAACAGGGACAACUGGCUUCCUACCAGGAGAGGGCCUGGGGCUCUUGAUUUCUGAUAGCAUCUGUGGUUUGGAGAAUCCCUGAUCUCUCAAUCCCCCAGGUAUCUAGCUCCCGUCUACUCAUCCGUGGAGCAGGCAGACUCACAGUCCACAGCCCAUCUGGCCCGGACCUUCGUCUUGGUCGGGAGACACCCAAGGCUGCAGGACUUGGGGCAGGCCAGGCCACCAAACCCUACAUCCGUGCACUGGUAGCCACUCUUCCACCCCCAGGGCUAAGCCACUCCCAGCCCAGACCUUCAUUCUCAGACUGCUGUGUUCCUUCCCCCCUGUCUCUUGGCAAGCGACUGUUGACCACCACUGUUGGCCCAUCACUGAGCACUCAGUGUCCCGGGAGAUGCUCAUCUCAUAAAGCCUGGCUUUCCAAGCUCUGGGAGAGGGGUUUGCAGGGCGAGGAGGAGGUCAGGGUGGGAUUUUCGGGGCUGCAGGGUCCGCUGUGGAUGAGUGAGAACUGUGGUCCAGGCCUUACCUGCCCUGUGCCCUGGGGUGGGCUUACUCCUUGUCAAAGAGGAGGUGCACUUUUCUGAUACGCACAAAGGCGCUGUAUGGCCAGAGCCUUGCAACUCAAAGCGUGGUCUGUGGACCAGCAGCACUGGCAUCCAUGGGAACUUGUUAGAAAUGCAGAAUCUCAGGCCCCACCCCAGAACUCCAGAAUCAGCACCUGCAUUCAACAAGAGCCCUAGGUGAUUCCUGUAAGCACUUUACUGUUUGAGAAGUAACGGCCUAGGGGUGGCCCUGGGGCUGAGGUUCUCAGCCCUCCCCCUGCUACUCCAAGCCUCUGAGUCUGUGCUCACCCCCCUCCCUAAACUCGCUCUGGGAGACCCCGGGCCUUAGAUCUUUUCAGAGUGCGUGUGACUCUCCCGGUGAAGGGAAUGACCUGAAGUCACCAAGAUAUGAGGGUUGGGCUUGCCUGGCCCUCUGGACACUGCCUUUCUGGUUAACCUCUGCCGAGCUAGCUCCUGCUUCUAGGUCCUCACAUCAGGCCCGUUGCAGGAGUUGCUUCUGGAAGCUCUUUUGUGCUCCUCUUGGAGAGUUUGCCCUCGCCUGUCUGGGAAAGCUUGAGCAGGUCAGAGAAACCCCCUCGUCACAGCCCCCAGUGUGAAUGAGCCCUUAGCUUCAGUCUGCAAUAAAGAAUGCAUUGGUUUCA